AUGUGGCGGGUCACUUCCCAUGCCCUGCGCUUGGUGGAUGCUCGGUGCUGGCAGAGGCAGCUCUGUCAGCCCAGCCCCGGCUCCCUACGCUGCCACCCUGCGUGGACCUCUGGGGCGGCCGCUGCCCGCGGAUUGUCCCGCACAGCGCCCGCCGUGCGCUUCUCGCCGGGCGCGCGCAGCCUCUUCGACGAGCCGCUGGGCAUCGCCGUGCAGGGCCUGCGCCCGCGGCAGCCYGUCACGCUGCGCGCCUCCGUGCAGGACGAGGCGGGCGAGCGCUUCGAGGCGAGCGCCCGCUACGAGGCRGAGGAGAGCGGCGAGCUGGACCUCGGCCGCAGCCCCGCGCUGCCGGGCGGCAGCUUCUGCGGCCUCGAGCCCAUGGGGCUGCUCUGGGCGCUGCAGCCGCAGAAGCCCUUCUGGUGCAUGGUGAAGCGGGACGUGCAGACGCCGCUGCGCCUGCUGCUCGAGGUGUUCGAGGGCCACGGGCCGCCGCCGGGCCGGCUGCUGGCCCAGGGCCAGCACGAGCGGAUAUUCCUGCGGGAUGGAGUGCAGCGAGUGCCGGUGCGUGAGGGGAGGAUCCGAGGGACGCUUUUCCUGCCUCCUGGAGAAGCACCCUUUCCAGGAAUCAUUGACAUACAUGGACUUGAAGGAGGUCUUCUUGAAUACAGAGCCAGCCUCCUGGCCAACUAUGGCUUUGCCACAUUGGCCCUGGCAUAUUACCACUAUGAGGAUCUGCCCCAGAAGCCAACCGAACUCCACCUGGAAUAUUUUGAAGAAGCUGUGAACUACAUGCUGCAGCACCCACAGGUAAGGAGACCAAGGCUUGGCUUGCUUGGCUACUCCAAAGGAGGAGAACUGUGUCUUGCCAUGGCUGCCUUCCUGAAGAACAUCACAGCCGUUGCUUCCAUCAACAGUCCAGUGACUAUUACAGCUAUUCCUCUCUGUUACAAGGAUAAAACCAUCCCCCAUUUGCCCUGGCAUGAAGAGCGUGCCACAGUCAAUCAAUCCAAUAUUUAUGAUUGCUCUGACGUCCUUGAUGACCCCUUCCAAGUCCCUGAUCACCAAAGCCGGAUCCCAGUGGAGAAUAUCGAGGCAAAAUUACUGUUCAUUGCUGGGCAAGAUGAUAAUUUGAUUAAGAGUGAAUAUUUUGCUAUUGAAGCCUGCAAACGUUUGCAGGCUCAAGGGAAGAAUAAUUUUCAGAUUCUCUCCUACCCUGGCACAGGACAUUGUUUUGACCCCCCAUUUUUCCCUUUGAACGCUAUAGGAAGGCAUCCUGUUCUUCUCAAGCGGGUAUUCCUGGGUGGGGAGCUCAAGGCUUACUCUAAAGCACAGGUUCAAGCUUGGCUAGAGAUACAGGCUUUUUUCAACAAACAUUUAAAUGAAAAAUAA